UUUUUGUGUUCUUGUCUUCAUGGCUUGUCCUUGACCAGCCUUGACUCCGAUCCGAACCCCCCAAUUUUAUCUUGCUUAGCUGGCAGGAUCCUCCCUGUUUCCUGCUCUCCACUGCUCCUCCCCUCUCUUCCUCGCUUAAAAAGAUUUCCUUCUGUGCUGCUCAAUCAGUCCUUUUAGUCCGCUGUUAUCCCAGACGAAAGUGUUCGCUGCUCUUCAUUUAUAUAAAAACAAGAUCAUCUCAAGAUAGUUCGACCUGAUCUUUUCGCACGACCCUUUACACCUCUUAAGAUUGGUGGCCAUAUUGUCGCCCACUGUGAUCCUUAACUUUCACUUGAGAGCUGACUUUUAUAUAUGCACCUGGACUUACUUCCCUCUCCCACACUUUGAAAUUUCCGACACUCCUCUUCUUCUCCCUCUUCCACGACUUUUGACUCCAGUUAUCACAACAGUCUGCGAGAGCCUAAGCACUAUGCCAUUUUUUUUCGCGAGUGCUUACCGUACAUAGUUUCAGCAGCCGAUUGGUUUCCUUUAUACCAGCGUUCUGGGGAUAUCUGUUCACAUUUCCUUGUUCAUCUUCUCUGGCACCUUGCCGUUUCUUGUUGUUGGAACCGGGGGACAGUCUCUUCAUUUCUUUGGGCUUUUAAGUUGAGGCCUGACUUUACUUCCGCUCGAUACUUCUCACGCGCCCAACUUAACGCGUGACGAUAGCCAGAUACUGCACUUCCCAGUCUCCCUUCUUGGGCCAUUCUUCAUCGAGAUAGUUGGGAUCGCCGACAGACUAAAGUCGAUUGAUCAUACACUUCUCGCUUAUCCGUUCUCAUACUACGCACCUCUAUCUUUCUCAUCAGCUUGGCACCCCACACACGCACCCGCACAAUCGACAGCCGGAGUGGACACGAGCCCGGAUUAAAAGACCGAAGCAUGACUCAUUACGGCGUCAUCGGAGCCACAACCGUCUCCCAUCUGCCAUCAACCUCGGCCCCAUCAAUUGAACCCGACAAUCAGGAGAACCAUCAGCACCUCCAACUUCGACCAAGCUUGUCCAAUCAGCUCUCACCUUCAUAUCCUUCGCCCCCCAGAUCGACUGCGUUAACCGAGCUAACGAACCGUAUCAAGGAUGAAGACACGAUAAAUGUAAGUGUUAAUUAACUAUCGGCGCUCAAUGAUCCAGCCUUCUCUUUCUUUCUUCAUAAUAUAUAUAAUCCAGACUGACUCCACCCCCGGGGGGCAGACGCGCCUGCCACAUAUUGACUCUUGAUGCAUGUAUGCAUUCCGACUUUCACAUCGUCUCCUCCCCCACUCCGGAUCACCACCACCCACUGCUUGGCCAUCCACCACAGCCCAGCCAACCAUCAACCGAGAUCCAUCCCUUGGAUCAUCACUACCACUAUCAAUCUCAGCCGCCCUCUUCACAGCACCAGCAACAGCAGUACCCUUCCUCACACUUCCAGCCCCUUUUCCAGCACCAGCACCACCAUACCCCGCCCACCUCCUCAGAUGUCUCGUACAACACCAGCAGCAAUAACACGCUCCAGUCCAACUUUCAUCCCGAUCACAGCCUUCCUCACUCCGAUCCCUUCCAGCCCUCUCCCCCCUGGUCACACUCCCCUCAUGGCGAUCCACUCGACCUCAACCAUCGCAACCUCGCCCUGUCCACUCCGAUCUCGACCAAAGGGCUGAGCAGCACUGAGAGCACUCGCAAUUUCCCACUCAGUCGCUUGCUCACCAUACCCUACCAGCUCGACUCCCCAGAGCCAGUCUGCUCCAGCCUCGAUGGAUAUCAUAUCCCCACCUUUGGCUUACCUAACCUUGAUGGCACUCAUUACCCAUUCAACAACGGUCAACACUCAGUCAGCCACCCUCACCGGUUUGGUUCCCAGCACAGCAAUCAACUCAAAGCACUCCAUCCGAUCCCGAGCAUCGACCACCACCACCAACCAUCGGCUCCGGCUGACUACGCCUCCCGAUCCCCGCCUCGGCUCAACCACUCAUUCCGUCUGCCGUCCACUCCUUCCGACUCCUUUCCUUCACUCCUGCCAAGCCAUCUAGCCCAGCCUGCGCCGGAAGGGCCGGUCAUCGGCCAGAAGAGGAAGUACGACCCAGACUGCUUCCCGGAAACCUUCUCACCCAAGCUCCAGCGCCCCUCACCCGUGCCCAUGCACUCCAACGGGGUCUCCCUCAAUACUGUCGGACUCGAACCCGGUCACGAGAGGAUGACGACAGUACUCUGUCUGCAUGCCUCAGUCGCCCAAAAGUCGUAUGGACAGGAGAAACGCUUCCUGUGUCCUCCCCCGUUGGUACGAAUCACUGGACCCUACAGGCAGCUACCCAAGUCACAUCGCCCGAUACUAUCCAUGUCGAUUCUGAACGAGAACGGCCAGAAGCACCUCUGUCAAACGGCUUUGCUUGGCGAAGAUGAAUCGAACGUUCAUUUUAAAAGCCUUCACAUCAGUGGCGCGGCAAAAAAGGCCAAACACGUCAAUCUCGAAUUAUCCCUCCAUUCGCCCAUGCUCCACGACCCCAAACCCCUUCAAAACCUUGGCCCCGACAUAGAGGAAUUGAUGCCACCCUUCGCAACAUUCAGAUCUUCGGACUGCACUAUUAUCUCUAAGCCAUCCAAGAAAACUGCAAAGGCUCGCAAUACCCAAUCGUGUAUUUUCAAUGGCUCAACUAUUUGUUUAUUCAACCGAAUCAACUCGCAAACUGUUCGGACGAAGUACCUUUGUGUUCAAGAUGGCCAGCUAGCUGCCCGAGCUGCACAAUGGUCCGCCUUUACGAUCCGAGUCCUUCGUCGGGCAGAAGAAGCUGGGGCUGACGGAACUCCACCUAUCACGGCGAAGACGCUUCUCUCGAGUAGUAUACCCGGCGCCGAUCGCACAGUCACCUAUGGCUCGGAGGUCGAGCUAGUCGAUUUUGUCACCGGUGUCUCCAGCGGACCAUUAGUGGUUCGGAAGGUAGAAAAGAAUAUGGUACAGAAGGACGCCACUGGACCGGUUAGUCAGAUGCAGAAACUAGCCUUCUGUCAGCUCGACAAACCCUCUGGUUCUGCGCUCUACAUCAGUGCCCUCGAAGGAGUACCACUUCCUGUCGUCAACUCGCCUUCAACCAACGUUACCGAACCCACCCCAACCCCGGAAUUGAAUCCCAAUCCAGCAGAGGGAACCGAUUUGUCUGGGCUCACUACUGGGCCCACACUGGCCUAUUCAAAUGUUCCUUCUCCGCAGGCCCAGCGCAUGCUCCACAUGCUACAACUCCAGCCUCCUCGGGCAACUCUUCCUUCAGAAGACCCAGAAGGCAUUCCUUUCGAUGAGAUCGACGACUCUGUUGCUUGGACAGUGAUUGGUGUUGCUCACUUUUCCCACUCAUUUAUCGAUCUAUCUCACUAUUACCCUCAGAUACCUCAACUGCCGAUCACGCCUUUUCCGGCUUUGACUGCUCGCCCGCAGGUCGAUCUCCACGCACUAACGAUGACUCUUCGGGUGACUGGAUUCUUUGACGCUCAUGCCAGGGCGAUGGAAAUCUGGCUGGGGCCUAUUGGCGCAUUGGAAACCAAAGUCUCGGCCACUUCGGGUCUUACCUUAGAAGCCAAUCUUGGCGAUGGUGGGUCCAAUGAAAAUUCGGGCUCGAAUGGAUUGCGAUUACAAGUCUCAUCGGAUCCGUGGUCCUCUCAGCGGAAAGGUGUCCGACGAGAGUCGACACUCUUGGUCACCUUACCGCCCUUAGAGAGCGUUUACUGGACCUUACAUCGUAAGAAUAUGCCGAGUCGAUCGGUCGUCGUCUUGGAUGAGUCCAAUCGAUCGAUGAGCGAACUCGUCGGACGGGCCCGCGACGACCAUGGAAGCACUGGAAACGAGACCGGUCAUCUGAAUCCCUCAAACCAUAUCCCCGCUCUCCCUAUCACCCUCAUCAGAGCUGACGGAAUCUCCUUUGUCAUGGGCCAUUCCAUCUGUCUCUCUGAGGUCAAUCACGACGACCUGAAAGAAAAUCAUGAUCUCUCGAAGGCUUCUGGCAACGAAUCUGAUCGCUCUCACACGUUUAUUCUAAAAGUUAUAUGA